AUGUCUUUCCAGAAGCCCGAGAAGGAUUUCGGCGAGGGCCCCGUACCGAAACGAAAACAUGCGACUAACCUCAUCUUGCUUUUCGCUGGUCUACAGAAGGUCCACAAGAUCCGCAUCACCCUUACCUCUCGCAAGGUCGCCUCCCUCGAGAAGGUCUGCACUGAGCUGAUCGACCGUGCCCGCUCCAAGUCCCUCCAGGUCAAGGGUCCCGUCCGUCUCCCUACCAAGACCCUUCACAUCUCCACCCGUAAGACCCCCAACGGUGAGGGUUCCAAGACCUGGGACAAGUACGAGAUGCGCAUCCACAAGCGUCUCAUCGACCUCCUCGCCCCCACCGAGACCGUCAAGCAGAUCAUCAUCAACAUCGAGGCUGGUGUUGAGGUUGAGGUCACCAUUGCCGCUUAA